AUGGAUAUGAAGCCUAUAUGGGGAGGAUAUCCAUUUCAAGGUCAGGGCCGCGUCAACCAGCUCGGGGGUGUUUUCAUCAACGGGCGCCCGCUCCCGAACCACAUCAGACUGAAGAUCGUGGAAAUGGCUGCUGCUGGAGUUAGACCCUGUGUGAUAUCGCGACAGCUACGCGUAUCGCACGGUUGCGUCUCCAAGAUAUUGAACAGGUACCAGGAGACGGGCAGCAUCAAACCCGGCGUCAUCGGCGGGAGCAAGCCUAGAGUGGCCACCACGGAAAUCGAGGCCCGAAUUGAGGAGCUGAAGAAGGAGAACCCUGGGUUGUUUAGUUGGGAGAUCAGGGAUAAAUUGAUAAAGGUAUAA